AUGUUUUCUGGCAAAAACGUAUUAGUAUUGACAAGCCUUCUCUUUCAGACCCUAAUAUGUGUGAGCAGAACAGAUAUAUCAAUCGAUGACACGUCGCAUAGGACACGCAGACAACUCUUAUUUCCAAACUCUUCAGUGUUACAGUUCAACGUAGGCAUAGGAACACCAACGCCAAUGAAGUUGAUCACUAUAAACUACGCGUUUCAAGCUAACUUUCAAUUACCCUGGAAUCGAUCUCAGAUACCUAUCGACCUGUUGGAAGCUAACAGCGGUUACCACGGGGACACCAGGAAGAAAAAGAGCAUAGAUGAUACGUUAGAUUUAAAGGAGAAUCACAGCAAUUAUGAAAGCGACGCAAGACUUUAUCAUUUUUAUAAAUAUGUUGAAGAUUUUUUAAACAAUUUUGGCCACAACGGUACAUCGUGUGUUCUGCGCACAUUGUGUCAGCUUGGUGCUGAUCCGUUGCAUUCACCGAGUGAAGAUGAUUUACUUCAUGAAAUAGCAAAUUUUAUACUAAACCCCAAGAAUGAUCUAGAACUCGCUCCAAAGUAUAGCCAUGAAGUGCAUCCGUAUGUUGAAGCUUAUGAACUUGGACAAAAUAAUCAAAAUUGCAUGGAUACGUAUAACAACUGUACUAUAUCUCUUUCUGAUAUGUUCUCUGUGGUAGAAGACUGUGUAUGA